AUGGAUGAGAAGCCGGCCUCCUCCUCGGGCGAUCCGGAGCUUCCACAAAAGCGGGCUCGCAGGCUACCCUCGGAACUGAAUCUUCGGCCACAACCUGCUGGUUCUGCCAACUUUUUGCUGAUCCAGUCCUGGGCGCUUCCUGAUCCAGAAGCGCCACUCCAUUUUCGUGCAGAUGACUCGCAGGUGGACUACCAUUGGUGUGCUCCAGACGACGAUGUGUUCAAGCACUGGGAGCAGAACGACGGCCUAGCAACUAAACCCCAAGACUCUGAUGCUGGUUGGACGGUUUGGUGCUUCUGUGGCGAGCGGAUGCAACUCUUUUCUUCCGGAGAACCUUGCCGAUUAGAGCUCUCCUGCACAUGCCCGAUCUGUGGCAAAUUCGCACAAACUGGACUUCGCUUCUUAGCGAGGGGGGAUGACAUCUGGCAUUGCACCACGUGCGGGGCGACCGAGCAGACCAAGAAAGGGUCUCGAGAACCAUUGGGGAUACCAGGCUCACCGGAACUACGGAUGCUACGCGAGCAAGGUCACGUGCUUCUCGAGUGUGUGCGCCUAUCGCUUGGCAAGGAUGCCGCUUACAAGGCUCUUGGACAGCACUUCCACUUUGGGCAGUCUGGCGUUGCGGCUACAGUUCGUGCAAUUCAUGCUCUGCGGCAAAUUGUACCGAAACAGUCGGAUGCCAGCCUGCGAGUCUCCGCCCAAAAGCGGCGACUCCUCCGUCUACAGGACGACGACUCCAGCCGUUGUGCACUGGCUACUGAAUUGAAAGAGGACAUGUCUCAGGACGUGAAGGACACUUUGCUUUUUGGAUUUGCUAACGCGGGGCAUGCCAGCCUGCUGCGACUCCUGCUGGAGGCAAGAUGCAGCGCCAAUGUGCAACGCACGAAGGACGGAUGUUCGCCUCUGCACUGUGCUCUGGUUCAUGGCAGGCACGAUGCAGCAAAUGUGCUAGUUGCUCACGGUGCCUCACGUGCUUUGCGCAAUAAUGCUGGCGAGAGACCGGACGACCUUGCAACCUCGUGA